CUUAAUUUUGUGUUACUCGUAUCCAAAAACAACUGCAGCCAGUAGCACCAACGACGUAUUUAGAAUAGAGGGUCUUAAUGAGAAUAAAAUUAUAAAUAAAACAAAUGAUACCAUAAAUUACGAAUAUGAUGAAGGAGAAAAUAUCAAUUGGUGUUGUAUCUUGGACAACAUCGAUCCGAAAUUACCUAAAUUUAAUGUGUACUGGGAGACAGAUCCAAAAACAACUGCUGCCGUUAGCACCAACGACGAAAAAAACACUAAAGAUGGAAAAUCUACAAAUUGUUCUACAAAUUCACAGAGUGCCAACAUUGAAAUGGUAUUACAUUCACAGAGUCAGAUUAAGGCACUUGUAUGUCACUAUGUAGAAAAAACAAAAGAGGAACAUAAAGAAAAAGGAUUUAAAACGGUCUACUUAAGCGUCAAAGAUAAUAUAACUGAUAAAAUAGGUAAAACGGAAAAAUUAGAACAAAAAAGUAAUACAAUGUACAUUGUAAUUGCUAUACUAGCUGUAAUUAUUCUCAUAACCUUUUUGAUACUAAUGGCGAUGGCUUGUCGUAGUAAUAAGGUUGUCACUCAGCAGCAAAACACAAUAGUACGCUGUAACACAUCUAAUAAAAAGUCUAAUGUUAUAAUUACGGAUGAGACGUAUUCGAAUCCGGCCGAUGUAUAUUACACUGACACAGCACCCGUCAGUUCAAACUAUAGCGAUCCCUACGUAGCCCUCUAUACGGCACCAAUACCUAAGAAAAAUCGAAAAAAAUUAACUACCAAUGAGUAUUGCAACACAGGUAAAAGAAAUAUUUACGAAAAUGUUACAGAUAGAAAACGUACUAAUCAAAAGGAAUCGAUACCUUAUGAGAAUCUGAAAGAAGAGUUUAAUUCAAAUUACGUAAAUUUAAAUGAAAAAAAUUACAAAACUUACGAUAAUUUUAACGAUACUGGAUCUGACUUAUAUUACGCCGUUGUUGACAAAUAAAUUAUACUUUUUGA